AUGGUGGUGGGAGUGGUGGCGGGGGUGGAGGUGUUGGUGGCAGUAGUGGAGGCGGAGGAGGCAGGGGCGAUGGCAGAGGGAGCGGAGGCGGCGGAGGUGGCGGAGGCGGCGGAGGUGGCGGAGGCGGCAGAGGUGGCGGCGGCAGCGGUGGAGCAGGUCGCGACUCUGCGCAGAGGAGUGGGUCCGGAGGUGGUCCGCGCCAGCAGCAACGACGUAGUCGUUAGACCGUGUCCCCUCAGCAUGUUUGUGAGUGGUACGUUGGGCGUCAGCGAGCUGUCUAGGGCGGGGGUUGCUAUCUUUGAUCUUGAUUAUGAUGCUAUCCUUGCUGCCAUGUAUGAUGUGUCUAAUAGUGAUGAGGGCGACUGUUACCUGUGUGUUCCGCUUGACCCGGGCAUUGAGGCCGCUGUUCUAGGUGCUGGUAAGGCUGCUGCUCUAGGUGCUAGUGCGUCUGCUGCCCCAGGUGCUGGUGAAUCUGCCCCUUCAGGUACCACGUCGGCUCAAACCUUACACACCUUCACCCUUGACUCAGGUGCUUCCCGCUCCUUCUUUCGAGACCGCACCACGCUUACGCCGCUUAGUCGACCAGUUGCAGUCUCCCUGGCGAAGUUACGCACCAACAUCGACUAG